GCAUCAAUUUCUCCCGCAAAAUUAGGUUUGCCCGAUAGAGCUCUGAGGGGGCUUCUGCCUGUGCCUCUGCCUCUGAUUCUGUCUCCCCCCCCCCCCCCCCUGUCUCGCAAUUUCAGGGAUUGGAGCUUCGGGUUUUGGGAUUCUUCGUUUAAAUUUGUUGGGGAGGCGCGCCUGCUUCUGACUUUGACCGGUGGACUCCAUUUCUCCUUCCCCUUCUUCGCCGUUUCCUCUCUCCGAUCCGAUUUCUCUCUUUCAAAGAGGAAUGGCUUCAAAACGUAUCUUGAAGGAACUCAAGGAUUUGCAGAAGGAUCCUCCCACUUCCUGCAGUGCUGGUCCUGUGCAUGAAGACAUGUUUCACUGGCAAGCAACUAUAAUGGGACCUACUGAUAGCCCUUAUGCUGGAGGCGUUUUCCUAGUCUCAAUUCAUUUUCCUCCGGAUUAUCCCUUCAAGCCUCCUAAGGUUGCAUUCAGGACCAAGGUAUUCCACCCAAACAUAAAUAGCAAUGGAAGCAUUUGUCUCGACAUCCUGAAGGAACAGUGGAGUCCAGCACUUACCAUUUCCAAGGUGCUGCUCUCAAUUUGCUCGCUGCUCACUGAUCCGAACCCUGAUGAUCCUCUGGUCCCGGAGAUUGCCCAUAUGUACAAGACCGACAGAGCCAAGUACGAGGCUACUGCUCGCAGCUGGACACAGAAGUACGCGAUGGGAUAAUACCCGCACCUGAACCCACUUAAAAACUUAGUGCUUCGAAAGAAGAAGCUUGCUUGUUUCCAAUGGGAAGUUAGUUCGGUCAGAAACUUUGUUUAAUCGAUCAUAUUCUAGAUCCUGAAACUAUAUGUAUCGACACAGAUCUGUUUCCCAUGUGUGAAUCUUGUUUGCAACUCCCUUUGCAUUUGUUUGUGAAGCGUUUAGUGUUUAAUCAUGGAUAUGUAUGAAAACCCACCAGGUCAUUUUGGGAA